AGCCGGGAGCGAGCCUUGUGGAGGGUGUGUGAAAAAUGCCUUUCUCCCGUCAGAGAAACCAGACCCGUGAUCUCUUGAAUUUAUUAUAGCUGGUUGGCCAUUGUGCAAUAGUCAGGGAGGUAUGCAAUCCAGUUUCUAGGCGAACACGGCCACUCAGAGCAAGGACUAACAACACAGCGAUUCGUCUCAGUUUUGUGCAUGGUUACAUUCCGAGUAGUGACGAUCGGUUCUAGGCGGAUCAAGUAGUGAGUGAUACGAAUCUUUUUUUGAGUUGCAUUGGAAUACGCUGCCAGCUACAGUUUUGAAAGGGAAACGAUUCGCCAUAAUUGCAGACAUGGGCGCUACAACUUGAAGAUAGACUAGGCAAACUGUUGCGGAUACAAGGAAAAAUAACAAACCUAGCCUAGUUUUCUUGUUAACCACCGACAUUUUAUUGGAGCUAUCUAGCAGCUGAAUAAUACGGAAUCAAGUACACAAUUCUAACCACGGGUAGAGUCAAAGACCAACAGACAGACCGAGAUACACACAGAGCAGAAGCUAAAGGGGAGAGGAAGGCUGCCUGUCAGAGUCUCGUUGAUCCCCCCCGUUCCUCCGAUGAACCCCCUCAACUCCAUGAAACCCGGUCUGCCUCCCACUCCGCACAGUGACGGUAACUUCCUGUAUGACUCUGCCUCCUGGCAACAAGGCACCAAUCAACAGCCAGGAGCACUCUCCGUGGUAACUACUGUCUGGGGCGUGACCAAUCCCUCGCACAGCCAGGUGUUUGGAGCGCCCAUGGGUCCGGGCGGGAACUCCGGAGGUCACAUGAUGCAGAGCAGCAGUGGAGGUGGGGGGAUGAGUCCCGGUAUGAGCCACCAGUACCAGAGCUACGGUGAUAAGGGCUACGGACAACCAGGCCUUUACGGCCGCCCCAACACCGCCUAUAACCAAGCACCGCCAUAUGGACAGAGUUACUCUAAUAAUGGUGGUGGCGGAGGAGGUAUGGGCCAACGCCCUCCCUCUGACUUCACCCAAGCUGCUGCCGCCGCGGUUGCUGCUGCCGCUGCCACGGCGACCGCCACUGCUACGGCUACUGUUGCUGCCAUCCAGGAGAAGCAGAACCAGGAACUGAACUAUGGCCAGAUGGGUGGUGGCCCCUCCUACAGUACCCAGUUCCUUUCCCACCAGGGCCCCCAGCAGGGUGGCCCCCGCGGCCCCCCGGGCAUGAGCUCCAGUGGGAUGGUCCAAUCCCGGCCCGGGCAGCACCCCUCCAUGGGGGGCAUGGUGUACCCUUCGCACCCCUCCCAGGCUCAGGGCCAGAGGAUGCCCCAGCAGCACCCAGGCUACCCAGGAGGCCAACAACAAGGGCUCAAACGCCCCUACCAAUCAGAGGGUUUUCCAGGGCAGCAGCAGUAUGGUUCAGGGGGGAUGUCUCCGUACCACAGUGGCCAGCCACUCCAGUAUCCCCCUGGCCCCCAGCAGCACCAGCCCCAGUCCCCCUCGUACCACCCCAGCCAGCGUAUGCCCCCAAUGGGGCAGUACCAGCAAGGUCCACCCAAUCCUGCACAGUACUACAAGCAGGAGCAGCAGUAUAACGGGCAGCAGGGUAACAUGCCACUAGGAGCAUCAGGAGGCUACAAUGCUGUCAAUGCGCAGGGUAGCCGGGUGAUGCCGGGGUACCCCAGUUCUCCUCUGGGUGGUAACCCCACCCCUCCCAUGACUCCGGGCAGCAUGCCCCCCUACCUCUCCCCCGGUGGGCCAGGACCAGACACCAAGCCCCCCUACCUCCCCCAAGGCCCCGACGUCAAGCCCAACAUCAACUCCCUUCAGCCCCCCACUGGUAACCCUAGCGACGACCUGCGGCUGACCUUCCCGGUGCGCGACGGCGUGGUGCUUGAGCCGUUCCGAUUGGAGCAUAACCUGGCGGUCAGCAACCAUGCCUUCCAGCUGCGAGACUCCGUCUACAAGACCCUCAUGAUGAGGCCUGACCUGGAGCUGCAGUUUAAGUGUUAUCACCAUGAGGACAGACAGAUGAACACGAACUGGCCCGCCUCCGUACAGGUACAAUCACACUUACAGGUGUCUGGUCCUUGCUUACAGGUGAGUGUGAAUGCCACACCGCUCACCAUCGAGAGGGGCGACAACAAGACGUCCCACAAGCCCCUCUACCUCAAGCAGGUGUGUCAGCCGGGACGCAACACCAUCCAAAUCACUGUCACCGCCUGCUGCUGCUCCCACCUGUUUGUGUUGCAGCUGGUCCACAGGCCGUCAGUGCGCUCGGUUCUUCAGGGAUUAAUGAAGAAGAGACUACUGCCUGCAGAGCACUGUGUCACUAAGAUUAAGAGGAACUUCAGUAGCGGGACCAUCCCCGGGACCCCAGGGCUGAACGGAGAGGACGGUGUGGAACAGACGGCCAUCAAAGUCUCGCUGAAAUGUCCUAUCACCUUCAGGCGCAUCCAGCUGCCUGCGCGCGGACACGACUGUAGACACAUACAGUGUUUUGACCUGGAGUCAUACCUGCAGUUGAACUGUGAGAGAGGGACCUGGAGAUGCCCUGUGUGCAAUAAGACGGCUCUACUGGAGGGCCUAGAAGUGGACCAGUACAUGCUGGGCAUUCUAAUAUACAUACAGAAUUCGGACUAUGAGGAGAUCACCAUUGACCCAGUGUGUGGCUGGAGGCCGGUGCCCGUCAAACCAGAUAUCCACAUGAAGGAGGAAGCAGACGGACCGGUGUUAAAACGCUGCCGGACGGUCAGCCCCAGUCACAUGAUGAUGCCCAGCGUCAUGGAGAUGAUCGCUGCCCUGGGACCAGCCUCACCCUACCAGGGUCAACCACCAGGGGGCAGGAACACACCUGACUACAGCAGCCAAGCAGGCACAGCAUACUCCAGCCAGUCAGGCUUCUCUGACUUCCCCAACACCCCUGGAACUCCCACCCUGAGAGACUUCACCUCCCCCGGGCCCCCUAACAUCUACCAACAGGACCAGAUGUCCCAUUCUGGCCGUAUGGACCCUUCCCAUAAUGCCCUGCAGCAACAACAACAGCAGCACCAGCAGGGUGUCCACGGUAACCAGAGUCUCGGAAGCAGCGUUGGCGGACAGAUGCAGCAGCGGAACUCCAAUACCCAGAAUGCCCGGCUACAGGCGGAGGGCUCGUUCAGCCAGGGGGGUCCAGGAGGAACGGGGGUAGCGGGAGGAGGAGAAGGAGCGGAUCACGCCUUGGAUCUUCUCCCUGAGCUGACCAAUCCAGAUGAGCUGUUGUCCUACCUAGGUCCUCCAGAUCUACCUAGCAACAACAACGAUGACCUGCUCUCUCUGUUCGAAAACAACUGAAGACUCCCUUCUCGUUAAGGGACAGCUUCAUCCUUCUAGAGGGGGAAGAGCAGAGGAGAGGGGGGGCAAAAAGAAGAGAGCGGGUACAGACCGAGGGAUCCAUGUUUGUAUACUCUCUGUGGAACGGACCAACAGGCUUUCCAAGGGAAGGUGUAGGUAGUGAGAGAGACAUGACUGUUUCUGUCUGGGAACUCUGUCAAGACUAUAGUGUUUUUAGACUUAAUGUAAAGCGUCCCAUUGCACUCUGGAUCCAUCAAGUACGCUUUUAAAAAUUCUGAGAAAGAGAAUGACUGUCUGACACAUGGGACUGCCUGCACAGGCCAGCCACUAUAAUUGUAAUUCAAUGUUCUCAAAAAAUCACAAGCCGAAGGAUUUAACUUUUUUUUUAAAGGAUAUUUUUAGAAACGAGAAAAAGAAAGCGUAAUGUUGACUUUCCAUUGUGUAUUUAUGAUUGUGGAUCUCUGUUGACAUGACUUGGCAUAAAGAAAGUAUGGCAUAAAGAAAGGCAUAAAGAAAGUAAGGUGGUGUUCAUCCUAAAGGUUAUAAAUGCUGAAAUUAGGAUAGGCAGCCUCACACCUGUAUCUAUACUUACUUACACUGAUCUAGACUUGUAGAGCAAGAGAUACAGAGAGAGGUGUUAUUUUUGUACUGGGUAGGGCACAAAGCGAAGGAAAGGAGGGGGGAGAGGGUUAGUCGGAUGAGUCCGAAGCCAGAUGGGGAACUCUCACCUCCAUUCACACCCUGUCUCUGGUAAUCAUCCCUUCUCUCUUUCUCUCCCUCCUUCAAGAUAACAACUAUACUGCUGAGACAUUUAAACAUGCACAAUUGUACACACAUACACUUUCAAGAAGGGAUCCCCAGUAAAGUCCUGUGCGUUGAUGGAGAGGGGGAGAAGUUGUUUCCCUGAAUGUGUAUUCUCUCUCUUCCUCCUCUCCAGCCCAUCUCUUCCCAGCCCCGUAACACACAUUAGAAACUAUACCACGGUUUAAACGACCUUUCUGCUUCCUCUCUCUUGGUUUUUAUCUACCUGUCCCCACUCCUUUCCGAGGUUGUCAUUGGUUUGUAAAGUGUUUGUAUGAUAGGCCUUACUGUUCAUGGCACCAGAAGUUGGAUGUGCAAUGUCUUUUUUAUUUUUUAAUCUGUACGAUAUAAAUUGUUUUAUAAUCAUGACCAUAUUGUUAUUAGGGUAUCUCCAGAGGUGGUGAAGCUGUGCACAUCUGUCCUAUAUUUGUUUAAACUAGCAGAGGUCAUAUGUCAAAUUCAUGAUGUCAGUCGACUUAUGGGGGCCUGCAUUCACAAAAUGUCUCAAGGUCCUGAUCUAGGAUCAGUUUCCCUUUUCAGACCAUAAUUAAUAUAAUUAUAUGGGGGGGGGGGGGCUCCUAUUCUGAGAUGCUUUGUGAAUACAGGCCCUGGUUACUAUACGAGACUGUACAAGGGAUUUCAGAGGCAACACCAGCAUCUGCUAGGUAACAAUUGUUCAUGUUUUAUUGUCUAGAUGAUGAUGCUUAAGAGGCCCAUGUCAGUGAAUACAAUUAAUACACUGUUAAAUUGUCCUAUUAACUGCACACCAGUUUUUCUAAAAAUGUGAAAUAUUUCCAUUAUGUUUUAUAAGUAAAAAAUGUCACUUCUGA